AGCCCAACAUAUCCACGGGCCAUUACUGUGGACUUGGGCCGAGCGAAACACCAUCUUCGUCACAAUUUUGAUCCAAUACCGUUACUUCUUUCUCCGGUUGUUAAACCCUUGCCGGUAAAAUUGCCGCCCUCACUUCCGCGAAAAACCCCUGCCGCCACCGCGCAAAAUGCGGAACCUCCUUUCCUCCGCCGCCGUAUCAAUCCACCGGGACGGCAGCCGGCGCCGUCUCCUCAUCCCCACCGCUCAAUUCAUCCUUCUCGUUUUCCAUCGCAGCUACAAGGCGCCGAGGCAGCCGACUCCUCCGGCGCCGCCGAAACCCCCGAAGCCGCCGCAGAAGCCCCAAACCUUUACCUUCCACGACGCCACGUGGGACGACCCGUACAGCUGGAUGUCGAAGCUGAGCGACGCCGUGGCGCGGCGGCACAUGGACGUGCUGAUGGAGCAAGAGGAGAAGUACACGGAGGCCGUCAUGUCCGGCACCGAGAAGCUUCAGAGCAAGCUCCAGACUGAAAUGGCUUCCCGGAUGCAAUUCGACCUCUCUACCCCUCCCGUUCGUUGGGGUCCCUGGUUGUAUUACCGGAGAGUGGAAGAAGGGAAGCAAUACUCGGUGCUGUGCCGGAGACUGGCGAGCUUGAAUGAGGAAUUCAUUUCGAAUAAGUCUCCGUUUUCGGGGUUUGAUUUUACUUCUGGGAAGAGGAUUGAGCAGAAGCUUGUUGAUUACAAUCAGGAAGCUGAGAGGUUUGGAGGGUAUGCUUACGAAGAGCUAUCGGAGGUCUCUCCAGACCAUAAGUUUCUUGCAUACACAAUGUAUGACAAGGAUAAUGACUACUUCAAGUUAUGUGUGAGGAAUCUGAACUCUGGUGCCUUGUGUAGCAAGCCUCAGGCCGAUCGAGUUUGUAACUUGGCAUGGGCUAAAGGCGGGCGGGCGUUGCUUUAUGUUGUUACUGAUCAACAUAAGAAGCCUUGCAGGUUAUACUAUAGCGUGAUUGGAUCAACCGAUGAAGAUGUUUUGCUUCUCGAUGAACCACAAGAGAAUGUUCAUAUGACCAUCAGGCACACCAAAGAUUUCCGGUUUGUGUCUGUGAAUGUCUUCUCCAUGACGUCUUCAAAGGUCUUUCUGAUUAAUGCAGCCGAUCCCCUGUCUGGCAUGACUUUAGUUUGGGAGUGCGGUGCUCCAGUUCAUUGCAUAGUUGAACAUCACCGAGGUUACCUCUAUUUAUUUACUGAUGCUGCCAAAGAAGGCCGAUUGGUUGAUCAUUAUUAUCUUCUCCAUAGUCCUGUUGAUGCUUCUUCUGGUCCUAGAGUGUGGGAGGUUGGCAUAAUCAUCAGUUUUCAGUUGGUUUUCUCUUGCUUGUGUCAGAAUGUGUUCCAUGACGAUCAAGAUUUGAUAAUUGAGGAUGUUGAUUUCUGUGAUACACACAUGGUGCUCAUUGUAAGGGAAGGUUGGAACUAUAAACUCUGUGCACUCCCUUUACCCUUGUCUUCUAGGAAGAGUGGAGCAGUAUAUCUGAAGGAGCUUAAUCCCGCAUUUCUUCCUCUUCCGAUAUAUGUUUCUCAAAUUUCGCCAGGAACUAACUAUGACUUCUAUUCAUCAUCCAUGCGCUUCACAAUAUCAUCACCUGUGAUGCCCGAUGCUGUAGUUGAUUAUGACCUGUCAAAUGGCAAGUGGAAUAUUGUCCAACAACAGAACAUGCUUCACGAAAGAACAAGAAUUCUAUAUGGGACUUCCUCUUCUGCUAGUAGCACUGGAAUAUUUUCUGACAGUCUGAAUUCUAGCUCAUCGCAUGGAGUCAAAUCUGAAGAUGAUAUAUGGAAUGACCUUUCUGAAUUUUAUGCCUGUGAACGCCAUUUUGUCUCUUCACACAAUGAAGUUAUGGUUCCUUUAACAGUUGUCUAUUCUCGCAUGAUUGAAAACACAAAACGAAACCCUGGGUUGCUUCAUGGACAUGGAGCCUAUGGCGAGUUGCUUGACAAAAGGUGGCGCAGUGAGCUUAAAAGCCUUCUUGACCGUGGUUGGGUCCUUGCAUAUGCUGAUGUCAGAGGAGGAGGUGGUCAGGGUAAGGCAUGGCAUCAUGCCGGUAGAAGCACAAAGAAGCUCAACUCUGUAAAAGAUUAUAUCUCAUGUGCCAAGUUCUUGAUUGAGAAAGAGAUUGUAGGAGAAGACAAGCUUGCUGGUUGGGGUUCUAGUGCCGGGGGACUCUUGGUUGCUGCUGCCAUAAACCAUCAACCUGAUUUGUUUCGUGCUGCAGUUUUGAAGGCAAGAAGUUUGAUCUUAUGUAUCGAUAUUCACUUGUGUUUCUUUUCUGUGUUCAUCUGGCUUCAUAUUCCUGUUUGGUUUCAGGUCCCAUUUCUAGAUGCAACCAGUACUCUUCUCUACCCCAUUAUACCCCUAACGGCAGCUGACUAUGAAGAGUUUGGGUACCCUGGGGACAAAGAUGACUUUCACGCCAUACGUGAAUACUCUCCAUACGACAACAUUCAAAAUGAUGCCGUUUAUCCUGCAGUACUCAUUACUUCAUCCUACAAUACACGAUUCGGGGUAUGGGAAGCAGCAAAAUGGGCUACGAGGGUUCGACAGCAGACUAUUUAUGAUCCAAACCGCCCUGUGCUGCUCCAUUUCUCAGCAGAUAUUGUAGAGGAGAACAGAUACAUGCAAUGCAAGGAGGCAGCUCUGGAAACUGCAUUUCUCUUGAAGAUGAUGGAUUCAUGAGCUUGGAUAAUGACAAGUAACCACUCUAGAUUACGUGGUGCCCUGCCGGCUAGCAUCAUAACAGGAUAGUGAAUGAAGUAGGGGACAUAGAGUUUUUAGUUGUUCAUUGUUAAUCGAGAUAACUUGCUGAUGUAACUCUGCAGGAUAUGGUACAUUGUUGUGACAGUUUCAGUGCUUUGGUUCAGCUCACACUAGUUCAAUUCUUGGCAUGGCUACUUCAGCCUUUCUACUUUCAAGACCAAGCUUUACAAAUCCAGCAGUAAAACAUGACAUUCUUCAUAAUGUCUUUGAUCUCCAGCAGGGUCUCGACGGGCAUUACAAAAGGAACAUACUAAUUCAACACCACAACAUCUGGUCGCUAAUUCUCCUUGGAUAUAGUGACCUUAUACGUUUGGUCGCCAUCCUUGCUACCAACAAGCUCGAAGUAACAAACACUCCCAGCUUUAAUGGAGUUUUCCUUCCCAAAGACUCUGAAACCCCCAUUCAGCUGCACAGCCUUCGGCUCUCCUUUCAUUUUGUUAGCAUUCACCUUCCAGCAAUCAUCUCCAACCUGAAGCUUAACCUGCUGGCUUCUCUUCAAGUACUUGUCUGCAAACCUCCUCGGCACAUUCUCAUGUUGCUUUUGAGCAAGUGAGAAUCUGUGAUAACAACUCGGAAGAAAGGAUACUUAGAGGUGAACUUGCUGCUGCUGCUGCUUUUUCCUGUGGUGGUGGUGGUGGUGGUGGUGAUCCCUUUGUUGCUGACAGGAUACUCGAUCUCCGAACCAUUCGUGCCAUCGAAGAUCGCGACGGAGAAUCGAGAACCGCCCUCGUACUGGAAAAUCAGGAAGUGGCCAUGUUUCAGGGAGUAGUGUGUUACAAAUUCCUCCCAUGUCUCGUUGACCAAGAAGAUGUUCUUGGUCCCGCCAUUGCCAGCAUUUCGGGUCCGGGCUUUGGACAUCUGGAUCUGCCAUGUCAUGCCUCCGGGGACCUCGAUCGAAACAGGGCUAGACAAGGUUCCUCCAUGUUCCCCCACAAACUUCUCAGGCAGCAUCAGCUUCUUGUCUCUGAGAGUUUCUUCAACAAUGACCUUGAAGAAAUGGGGCCUCUUGGGAUCAAACCCAUCUCCAAUGUCGCUCCUCUUGCUCAUGGUUUUUGCCUCUUCAAGUUGUGAGAACUGAGGAGUGACAGAGAAGUUGAG